GGCUAUCUGGGGUGGUGCAGCAGCAUUGGUUUUGGCACUGGCAUUGCAGUUUGCCACCAUGGCUGAUGCUCAAGGAACCACCAGUAUUGUUCCGGCGAUGAUAUUGUUUGGGGACUCAGCGGUGGACAGCGGGAAUAAUAACUACUUCCCCACUGCUUUCAAGGCCAAUUACCUUCCUUAUGGGAAGGACUUCAUCAGCCAUCAGCCUACUGGGAGGUUCAGCAAUGGGAAACUAGCCACUGAUAUCACCGCUGACAUUCUAGGGUUUAAGACCUACCCGCCAGCUUAUCUUAGCCCACAGGCCACAGGGAAGAACCUUCUGGUUGGGGCCAACUUUGGCUCUGCUGCAGCUGGUUAUGAUGACAAUACAGCCAUCAUUAACCAUGCAAUACCAUUGUCGCAACAGUUGGAGUAUUACAAGGAAUACAGAGUAAAGCUAGCGAAAGUGGCAGGUAGUAAGAGAGCAGCAGCCAUCCUCAAGGGUGCAUUAUACCUAGUUGGCUUUGGUACUGCAGAUUUUCUUCAAAAUUACUAUGUCAACCCUUCCCUCAAGAAACUCUACACUCCUGAUCAGUAUUCCACAUACCUUGCCACCAUUUUCUCGAGCUUCAUCAAGGACUUGUAUGGCUUGGGAGCAAGGAAAAUUGGGGUAGUUCCACUCCCACCAUUGGGUUGCUUUCCAGAGACCAUCACUAUGUUCCGGUACCGUAAGCAUGGUUGCAUCGCCAGGAUCAACAAGAAUGCCCAAGGAUUCAAUAACAAGAUCAACACAACAGCCAUAAGUCUCCAGAAGAAACUGCCUGCCCUCAAGAUCGUUGUCUUCGACAUUUUUAAGCCCCUCCAUGAUGUUUUUACAUCUCCUUCAGACUAUGGUUUUGCAGAAGCCAGGAAAGGUUGCUGCCAGACACGUAAAACAGGGACAGUUCCCAUACUCUGUGACCCAAAGUCUCCAGGAACUUGCCGGAAUGCCAGUCAAUAUGUGUUUUGGGACGAUGUCCAUCUGUCCCAGGCUACUAAUCAGAUGCUUGCCGAAUCAAUGCUUCUCCAGGGCAUUUCCCUCAUUUGACGAGGAUAUUGUGCUUGUCAUCUAUUUACAAUGGCAUUGAAUUGUACCAACUUUUUAGUAUUAGAACUAUAUCUUAACCGUUUCAUCUCAAUUGUUUUUA